ACCAUACAAAUCAUAACAGCAGUAACUGCAACCACAGAAGCAGGCCUUGGUCCCUGAGAACGCCAGCUCGCCCAGAGAACACCCAAACAUCUGGGCGCCGAUGCCCAGCACCUGCCCCAGGAUGGGGCCCCUGGCCACAACAGCUUUGAUCUUCGUGGUUUUGGCUUUGGGGGCUUCAGCCACUCAGGGAGGACCCAAGCCUUCUGAACAGAGAGAGGUGAUUCCAGAAUGGCUAUUUAGCCAAGAAGAAGUUGGCUAUGCAGCCCCACCUGCCCCUCCCAGGCCCCCAAAAGACCCCAUCACACCUCAGCAUAUCUUUGAGGGACAGAAAGCAGUGGAUUACCUCUUUGAAGACUUUCCUCUGCAGCAGGAGCUGAGGCCUCAGAGAAUUCCUCCGGAGGAUAAAGAGCCCUGUUCUAAAGAAGCCAUACCUCUUCAAGAGGAAGUAGAGCCCCCUCAGCAUCCCGCCACAGAGCAGAAAGAAGUGGAGUCUCCUUCCCACCACCCAAAGGAUGAUGGGUUUUCCCAACAAGAGCAGAAGGAAAUCUAUCCUUCCCAGCCUGAAGAGCACCCCUAUUCCCAGAAAGAAGAAAGGCCAGAGCCCUCCCCUUACAACCAGCCCCGUCACUGCCAGCAAAAUCCCCGCAAUGGGGACUGGGGUAACCGACUAGACGGCUUCCCCCCCGGACGCCCUUCCCCAAACAACAUGAACCAGAUUUGCUUCCCUGACCGCAAGCAUGUGGUGUAUGGCCCUUGGAACCUGCCUCAGACGGGUUACUCCCACCUCAGUCGCCAGGGGAAUGCCCUCAACCUUCUGGAGACAGGAUAUACCCGCUGCUGCCACCUCAGAACAAACCAACUGGACUGUGCGAUAUCUGUGUGGGCAGAUGCCCUGUUUCAGUUCUGUGAGUCUGAAUUCUCAGUCAAGACCAGAGCCUAUUCAUGCUGUUGGCUUCAGGGAGAGGCCCGCCUCUCCUGCUUCCAAGCGGGUGCCCCCCUGCCAGACUACCAGCCUAUCCAAGAGCCCUGCCCCAAUCCCACCCCCAGGCUUUCCUCUGGCCUGGAGUUGUCCUUCCCCCCGGGCCUCCCCACACGGGACAAUGUUAGGAACAUCUGCCGUCUGCGGCGAUUCCGAUCUAUUCCCCGAGGACUCCCGCCAAUGGAUCACAUCCAGCGGCAGCUCCGGGCCCUGACGCAGUUGGAGGGCAAAUUCAGGCGCUGUUGCCACCAAGGAGACAACCACACCUGUGCCCGGCAGGCAUGGGAGAAUGUUCUGGACAAUUUCUGUGACGAGGAAAUGGCAAUUAAGACACAUCACUACAUAUGUUGCCAACACUCUCCCAGCUCUGCCCGAGAUGCCUGCUUUGCUCGCCAUGCUCCAUACCCCAACUACGACCGCGACAUCUUGACCAUUGACCUCAGUCGGAUUACUCCUGAUACCAUGAACCAGCUCUGUGGGCACCGAAAGAUCCUCACCAAGCAUAAACAGAUUCCAGGGCUUAUCCGGAACAUGACGGCCCGAUGCUGUGAGCUGCCACCCCCCGAACAAGGGUUCUGUGCAGAGGAGGAGAAAUUAGCCUUCAUAACAGAUCUUUGUGGCUCCCGACGUGACUCCUGGAGGGAUACUGAUUACUGUUGUGAUGAGACCCCUGGGGAUAGACAAACCAACUGCUUCAAUACCUACUACCUAAGGAAUGUAGCUUUGGUGGCUGGAGUGGCCCAGAAACCCAAGGACCAGCAAGGGAUGGGGACAACUGAAUUACCUCCUGGAAGCCCCACCCCAGAACACAAAGGAAAAUGAACCACACCUGGCUAAACUUUAGCCAAGACUGGAAAGGGGACAGAUGCCCCUAUUCCUCUACAAACUGUCUUUCUAAUAAAUACACUGGCCUUGGA